AUGGCGAGGAGUGUCCACUCUCCCGCCGCGACUCGUCCGCGGGAGCGCCGAGCCCGUCGCUCCCCUGGCGGCCCGGAGCGCUCCUCGGCCCCGGCCCCGCCGCGUCCGAGCCAGGCCGCCCCUCCUCGGCGCCGCGCCGCUGCCCGCGCGGGCCGCCUAGAGCUCCCGGGCCGCCCCGCGACCGGGGGCCUCUCUCGCGGGGCGCCCGGCUCCCCUCACCCGCUCCCGCCCCCUGGGCGGCCGUGGAGUCGCGGGGAGGGCGGGAAGGGCCUCCCGAGGAGAGCGGGCGGGCGCGAACGCGGGCUCCGCCACCCGAGCCGCUCCGUUACCGCAGCGGCGACGACGACCAGGGCCGUGUUGUUGCUGCCAACUUGUCGAAAGGACACUGAGCAUGCGCGCACGGAGACCACAUCCGGGAGGCAUGCAAGCAGGAAAUUUUGAAGACCACAGUGGCAAGGCAUUCCAGGGGACCUAAGCCACCACCUUUCCGGAGACUUCUUCAGGUGAAACAUCUCACUCAGUUCUUCCAUCCGUCUCUGCCCUGGGCUCUCGUUCCUUUUUGUUUUCUCUGAGGCUCACCUCCUGUGAAACAGAGCUUCCCCAGGGUAAGGAGAACAUAGAGCUUUUACCUUUUCAUCCCAGAGUUGAAGACCUAGCCAUCCCACUUCCAGCACCGCCCACUGAGGAAGAAAUAGAAUAAU